AUGUCAAUUGCAACACAAUCCAGUUUUAUUUCUACAACUACAACAACAACAACAACUUCAACUUUAACACCAAAGAAACCAACGUUUCCUUUGAAACCAAUCAGCAAUAAUCAUAAUAUAAUGAAUAGCACUCUUAAUAUCAAUAAUGGUUUAAAGACAAUGAAUUCUACUCCUAUUAAUCCAAUGAACAGCAACAACAAUGGUAAUAAUGGUAUAGUCAAUGGAGGAAGUAAUUUGAAUGGUCUUCAAACAAGUUUAGUUAACAAUAAUGGGGUGAAAUCAUUAGUUACAAACCCAGCAAAUCAGCCAUCAUCUUUGAACAUUAAACAGAAUCCAAUCAGCACAAUCAAUCCAAAUAACAAUCUAACUUUGAAACCAACAACCUCACCAACCAAACCAUUAAAAUUGCAUCCAAUUGGCAACAACAGCAAUACAUUGCUUGUACAUAGAUCACCUUCACUUCAAUCAUCAAACAACCCAAACAAUAAUAAUAUUAAUCCAAUUAAUAAUAAUAAUGUAAAUACAUCUUCUCCAACAAAUCAACAACAGCAACAACAACAAAUAUUUACUGCUCAAACACUUACACCACCACCACAACCACAAACAACGGCGAUCAGUGAAAAUCAAAAUGAUUCUGAUCAGCAAACUUCAAAUUUGCAAAAUAAUCAACAAUUACCUCAAAUUGUCAGUAUUAUUAAUAGUAAUAAUAUUACAAACAAUGAACAACAACAACAAGCAGUAUUGUCGGACACCAAUAAGCAAUUGACACCUCCAACACAAGCAAUAGUUGGUCAUAGUUCAAGUUCUCCACAACCAGUUUACCAACCAGAAAGCUUACAGCAACAACCACCACCACAACAACAACAAUUAUUAAUGCCUCAAAAUCCACAACAAAAUGUACAGCAUCAACAACCAAAGCUGUUACCACUUCCACAACCAUUCCAACAACAACAACAGCAACAACCUGUAGUGCAUAAUAACAACAACAACAACACAAAUAAUAAUGCAAUGGAAUUAGUUUUAUAUGAUAGUGUUCAUCAAAUUGAUACUAAUUUAGAUGAUAACUCUAUUGUUGUUAUUGACAACCAACAAAAUAGAUUGAAUAAGCAGCAACAACAAUCAGAUCCAUUAUUAUUAGCACAAUUAGAUAGUCUUAGAAAAGAAUUAGAAUCAAUUAAAAGAGAUCAGAGAAAUAAUAAUAACGGUAAUAGUAAUAAUAAUACUAGUAAUAAUAAUAAUAAUAACAUUAAUAAUAAUGCAAUAGUACAAACAACACCAUUACCCGAAAAUACUUAUACUGCAAAGAUGGGUCUUAAAUUCCCUGUUGGAUCGAGUACACAACAUAAAUCAAUACAAAAUAAACAGUUGUUAAAAGGAAAUACACAUAGAACUGUAGGUUCAAAAGAUAAGACUAGAAAUCAACCACAACAACAACAACAACAACCACAAGAAAAUGUACAAAAGAAACAAAAGCAAUUCGAUCCUGCAAUGGUUGAACCAAUCGAUUCUUCAGGUUCCGAUGUCAUUGACGAGAGUGGUAAUAAUAUUAUAACAGGUAUUCACAGUAUUAAUAAUAGUAAUAAUAAUAAUAGUAACACAAAGAAUAGUAAUAUUGCUCAACAAACAAAUACAACAACAACCACUACAACAACUACAUCUUUGAGUUCCUCAUCGUCAUCGAUCAGCCACAAAGAAGAAACAAUGGAAAGUUUGAAAGAGCAAAUCGAAAAGUACAAGAAACGGUUGUAUAACACCAAGAAAGCGUUGAACGGUGAUUUCGAUAACAAGGUUACCAAGGAUGAGUCACAGUUCAAAGCUGACAUUGCAUCGUUGAUCAAAGUGGAGUUGUCAAAGUUUGGACAACAACAACAACAGCAACCAGUAGUCCAACAACAGCCAGUCCAAGUUGUCAAUCGUGAACGUGAGCGUGAGCUUGAAGAGACUAUCAUGCAGCUGACCAGCGAGUUGGAGCAACAAAAGGUUGCGACCACCAAAGAGUCACUCAAAGUGAAAGAGAUGCAAAAGGAGAACAGUGAUCUCAGUCUCGUCAUUCAGACACAAACCGUUCAAAUCAGUGAUUUCGAGCGAAGACUCAAAGACCAGAGCGAGGAUCACGAGGUGUUCAAGCUCACCAUUAAAACCUAUGUCGAUAAAUCCAAUCAAGAGCACGACGAAGAAAUGGAUAAGGCAAACAAGCGAUUAUCGGCUUUGGAAGACGAAAAGCAACGUUUGAAAAAGAAAGCGGAAAAGGAGAUACAACUCUGGAUGCACGGUGCCAAGCUACUUCAUGGUAAACUGAUUGCCUUGCAAAAGACACGUGAGAACCUCUUGAAUUCAUCGGACUUGCAGGAUAUCAAUCAAAUCGGAAAGAGUCUCGAGAAUGAAAGUAACUUUAAUAUGGACGAUAUCAUUCAAAGUCAGAGUGAAGAAGACGACACUGAUUUGGUUGAUGGAAACAACAACGACAACGAUAAUAAUCAAAAUGAAAAAGAAGAUCAAGAUCAAGGACAUUUGACACUUGAUACUUCAUCGGUACUUUUGUUAUCACAAGACGACUUUCAAUAUCAGUCAUCAUUGAUUCCACAGAUCACUCAAGCAACCAACCCAAACAAUCAAAAUAAUAAUCCAAUCACUCAGUAUUCAAUGAUCAGUAACUUUGUGGAUGACAUAAUCAACAACCAACAAUAA